AAAAAGAAAAGAUUUAGAUGUGAGCAAAUGCAAAAGGCAUGAAAAGUCUGUGGGCGAUGUUAUGGCGACCAUCUGUAGCAUGACAAACCUGUUCAACGCGGAUCAAGCAGAACUUGUUGGUUUAUCCAGUGGCGUAGAAGUUGAGAGCAAGGUUGCUGACAAUAUCCUUCAAGCCAAACAGCUUGGCGAGCAUCAAUUCUCUGAAUUCUGCCAAAACAAUCUCUUCUGCGACAAACCAGAUCUCUUCACUAAAAUUAAGCAGAACAAACUGAAAACAUUCUCAUCUAAACAUCUGACGGUAAAAAACAGUGAAGGCCGACAGUUAGUUGUCGACAGUUAGGUAGUUUCAUCAUUGAAUGCAUUUGUCUGCUUUCUUUAUGGUGAUAAAGGUGCAACAAACGUAGAUGACUGCAGAUAUAACCUUUUUAAAUCAGGCAAAUGUUCAGACGACGCUCUUCCACCAAAUUGCGAUAGUUUACUGAAACAUAUUGAAAGAGUAAACCAACAAGCACUUGCGUGGAAUAAGUGUUUAUAUUGCCAAUUACAGCUUCCACUGCCAGCUGGUAACAGAUGGAGAUUGUCUACUAAUGGUCAGUUAGAGAUUGUAUGGUCGACUCUUCCUUCUGCUCCUAAUUCACUUAUUGAGUGCAUCGAUUGUAAAUGCAAAACAGGCUGUAGAACAAAGCGUUGCUCUUGUUUGAAAGCUGGUUUCGAAUGUACUGCCUUGUGUGGUUGCGCGGAACUGUCAGAAUGGACAGAAAGAAAAUACUGAAGACACCGACGAAGAGGAUAUACUUGGUUCCGAUUCCUCCGACAUCGAUCAAGAUAGCGAAGACGACGAUGACGUCUUCGAGGAGUGA